CUUAACUUGGGCUAUUGUAAAUUUGAUUUAUUUACUUCACUGUUUUGUAUGAAAAUAUUCUACUAAUUAGUCUGAUUUAACUAAAUAACAUCCGAUUUUCCUUCUCAGUGAAUCUGUUUUUUAAAUUUUGUAAAUUUUUUAAUAAUUAAAAAUAUGUCCAGAAAGGCUAAAUCCGAAGCUUUUAUUAAUUCAAGUGAUGAAGAUGACAGUGAUGAUCUUGACGAAGAAUUAAAACUCCUGGCAAACAAGAAAACGCCAAAUUUAGCCCGUCUCAGUGAAUCUGAAUCCUCGUCGUCAGACAGCGAUGCGGAAUGGUCCUCUGGCAACAAAUUGAAAAGAAAGAAGAAAAAUGGCAGGCCAGAAUCUAAAAAACGAAAAGUGGAUUCAGGAUCAGUCGAAUCUGAACCGGAGGAAGGUGAAGUGUCAGACUCAGAAAGUGAAGGAAUGGAUUCUGAGGAAGAAUUUGACGAUGGCUUGGAUGACAAUUUGAUAAGAGACGAGGAGGACAAAAAGAAAUUAGAGAUGAUGACUGAGAAAGAGAGAGAGCAAGAGUUGUUCAACAGAAUCGAGAAGAGAGAGGCUCUAAAAACAAGGUUUGCCAUAGAAAAAAAAUUGAGAGAGGCGAGGAAAAAGGACAAGUCAAAAGGUAAGACGUCCUCUCAGUCGUCUGGGGCAAGUGCAAACUUGAAGUCAGCCAGCCAGACUCGGAAGAAAUUAAUAGAAGAUAAUAAAAAAUUCACAAAGACCACAAAUGCUUUGCAAGAUUUGAGGGCAAGACGUGAAGAGAAAAAGAAGCAAGCCGAACAAAUCCAACAGCAAAAAGAGCAAGAGGAACGAGAGAAAGAAUCAAAAAAGAAACUAAAGACGUCAGAUAUUUACUCAGAUGACGAGAAGGACGACGCAAAGAGUGCAGUGGAACAGGAAGAGGAAGAGAAGCGCAGAUCAUCAUCCUCCUCGUCGUCCUCAUCAUCUUCAUCUUCAUCGUCGGAGGCAGAGGAGGACGACGACGACGAGGAUGAAUCUUCGGAGAUUAAAAGGAAGAAGAUGCAGAGCGUAUCCACGAAGGAGGAGCUUAACAGCAUCAGACUAUCGAGGCACAAGAUGGAGAAAUGGUGCCACAUGCCAUUUUUUAACAAAACAGUCAUCGGCGGUUUUGUGAAAAUUGGCAUUGGAAAUCACGAGGGCCGACCUAUUUACAGAGUUGCUCAAGUCGUGGAGGUUGUUGAAACUGGUAAAGUUUACCAACUUGGAACCACUAGAACCAACAAGGGUCUCAAACUCAGACAUGGGAAAUCAGACAGAGUCUACCGUUUGGAGUUUGUCUCGAACAAUGACUACACAGAGUCCGAGUUCUCAAAAUGGAUGCAGACGAUGUCAGACGACAAAUGCCCUCUGCCCACUUUGUACGACCUCGAGUUGAAGUUGAAGGAUAUUAAGGACGCCCUCAAUUAUAAAUUCAAUGAAACUGAUGUCGACCAGAUAGUUGCAGAGAAGCAGAAGUUCAAGAAGAACCCACACAACUAUGCAAUGAAAAAGACAGAUCUUAUGAAACAACAUGAAAUAGCAAUUCAAAAUGGAGAUAGAGAGAAAGAGAAAGAUAUUAAAAGACAGUUGGAUGAGUUAGAGGAGAGAGCCAUAGAACUGGACAAAAAAAGAACCAAUAAUAUCAGUUCUAUUAGUUACAUAAAUCAGAGAAAUCGCAUGAGAAAUCUCGAAGAUGCAGUCGAAGCCAGUAAAAGAGAGGUGGCCGAGAUGAAGACCGCCAAGGCUGACCCGUUCACCAGGAGGCAGUGUAGGCCUACCCUCGUUACUAAGGCCAGAGACUUGGAGGGGGAGAAAUUGAAGAGAUUGAGGAUGCUGGAAUCAGAUGACGUGGAUGCACGGGCAGGCGCGGAUCUUACAAACGGCGCGAAAGAUCCAAAGACAGCGUCCUCUCUCUCGUCAGCCUCGUCUGCAACGAAACCUGACCAGCCUGAACAUGUUGUCGACGACUUAUUUAAAAUACACAACUUCGACGUUGUCAUUGAUAUUGGCGAACAUGAGGUCCCACUGGCGGCCGCCCCGAGGUUGGAAGACCCCCUGAGGCACGUACCGAACAACCGUCGAUCACUCAAUCUUGAUGAUUACAAGAAAAAGAGAGGUCUCAUCUGA